CUUUACUAUGAAAGGAAGUUGGUAGUAGAAGCCUCAUUUGUAGAUACCAAAAAUAGUCUCAAACAAACCUUAAUCCAGAUUCACAGUCUUCAUUGUGGAAAUAAAAUAAACAGAAAGCAUGCAUUUAAAAAAACAGCAAGCCAAUCCUGACCUCCAAGAAGACGAGUUUGAGCUGAAGGACACGAAUCCCCAGCUUGGAGGAAGAGGGUGGAUGAACAGAGAAAGAUAUACCACCAGCAGAUAUGAUCUUGUGGAGCAGAUGUUUUACCUCUAUGUCAGAAUUGUCAAAGCCAAGAUUCUUGCCACCACAACUAUCACUUGCCCUGAGCCUUGUUGUGUGGAAGUGAAGCUGCUGAACUAUGUAGGAAAGACAAGGUACGCCGAGGAUCAAGAAUGGAAUCAGGUGCUUGCUUUCUCUAGAGAUGCGAUCAAAUCGUCAAUUCUUGAAGUUUUUGUCAAGGGGAGAAAAGAAGACUAUCUAGGGAAAAUGGUGUUUGACUUGAACGAAAUCCCAACAAGAAUCCCACCAGACAGUCCUCUGGCUCCUCAAUGGUACAAUCUAAAUGACCUCUACGGCAAACCCAAUGGAAGCAUCAUCAUGCUUGCUGUUUGGAUGGGGACACAAGCGGAUGACGUGUUUUCAGAAGCAUGGCAUUCAGAUGCUGCGUUUGUUAGUGGGGAAGGAGUGGUUAAUGUGAGGUCCAAAGUUUAUGUCUCUCCAAAACUUUGGUACUUAAGAGUAAAUAUAAUUGAAGUCCAGGACAUCAUUGGCAAUGGCAGAGACCGUGACCAUCAGCUUCGUGUCAAAGGGCAAGUGAGAAACCAGGUACAAAGAACUACCAUAUCGCGUGCUGGUCAAAAUCCACAAAUGUGGAAGGAAGACCUGGUGUUUGUAGCAGCAGAGCCAUUUGAGGAGGAGCUAGUGAUUACUAUUGAAUACCAGAACGAGGAGCUUGGAACAAUAGCUCUUCCUCUAUCCACAUUUGAAAGGAGGAUAGACCACCGGCCUGUCCAAUCUCAUUGGUUCAAUCUCAUGAAGCUUGGCUGUGAAUCCUCGGAGCCCUGCAUGAAAAAAGAGCCAGCAUUUUCAGGAAAAGUGCACCUAAAAAUCUGCCUUGAAGGCGGGUACCAUGUAUUAGACGAAUCAAGAAUGUACAUGAGUGAUCAGAGGCCAACUGCUCGACAGCUCUGGAAUCCACCAGUUGGGAUAUUGGAAGUUGGGAUAUUAGGGGCACACAAGCUUUUUCCAAUGAAGACAAAGGAUGGACGGGGGCGCACAGAUGCAUAUUGUGUAGCCCGGUAUGGUCAGAAAUGGGUAAGAACCAGGACAAUUCUUGACACAUUUGACCCCAUAUGGAACGAGCAGUACACAUGGGAAGUCUAUGAUCCUUGCACAGUCAUAACACUAGGAGUGUUUGACAACCACCAUUUGAGCGGAAGUGGGAAGACCACAGCAGCCCUACGUGACCUUGAGAUUGGGAAGGUGAGAAUUAGGUUGUCAGCUCUGGAAUCCCACAAAAUCUACAGCCAUUCUUACCCACUCGUAGUUCUUCAACCUACUGGGGUGAAGAAAAUGGGAGAAGUCCACUUGGCAGUGCGGUUCAGAAGCCUCUCUUUGGCCAACAUGGUCUCCGUAUACGGACACCCUUUGCUGCCCAAAAUGCAUUACCUCCAUCCCUUAACAGUCAACCAACAAGAGAUCUUGAGGUGCCAUGCUAUGAGCAUCGUGGCAUCAAGGCUAGGCAGAGCCGAACCUCCACUCAGAAAAGAAGUGGUUGAGUGCAUGUUGGACUUCAGGUCCAGCUUGUGGAGCAUGAGAAGAAGCAAGACUGCCUUUUUAAGGAUCAUGUCCCUCGUCUCGGGCAUACUGUCCUUAAACAAAUGGUUUCGCGACGUAUGCCACUGGAAGAACACAGUCACCACGACUCUGGUUCACAUCCUGUUCCUGAUAUUGGUUUGGUGCCCAGAGCUAAUACUUCCCACAUUUUUCAUCUACAUGUUCUUUAUAGGACUGUGGAACUACAGGUCCCGGCCGAGACACCCUCCACAUAUGGACACUAGACUUUCAUGUCCAGAAACAAUGAGUCCGGAUGAGCUUGAAGAGGAGUUUGACACAGUCCCCACGACAAGCGAGCAAGAAAAAGUCCGGGUUAGGUAUGAUAGGAUAAGGCAUUUGGGAUGUAGGGUUCAGGGGAUGGCGGGAGAUAUAGCUACACAGGGGGAGAGGAUUCAGUCGGUUUUGAGCUGGAGAGAUCCAAGAGCAACCAGUAUGUUCAUUGUGUUCUGUCUUCUUGCUGCCGCUGUGCUUUAUGCAAUUCCUUUCAAAGCCAUUGCUUUGGUUUAUGGGCUUUACAUCCUCAGACAUCCCCGGUUUCGCAGCAACUUGCCCGGUGUAGCAAGUAACUUCUUCGAGCGCUUGCCAGCUCGCACAGAUUGCCUCAUGUAAUAGUAAAUUAAUAACAAUACUCACACAUCAAGAAUCAUAUGAUCAUCUUCCAGCGGAAGUAUUUACCAAUUACCAGUACCCACACAUCUUCCUCGUAUUGAUUUUUUUGCCCUCUUAGUCAAAAAAUUAGGUUAUGUGUG